CGAGUCGUCUUGCAGAGAAACAAUUCGACAUUUCUCUGAGGUGCCUAACAAUCGGAGAAAGAAAGAAAAAUGGGCAGCCUAUCAAUUGGUCCGUUAAUUCAGUUGGGAUACAGCAGUUGCCGUCUCCCUUCCAAUCGGACCAGAAAGCCCAUCGCAAUCCGCGCGGACGGCUCUCCGACGAGCAAAGAUCAGCAGGACCAGCUCAACGUAUCCGUUCUCCGCUUCACAUUCGGAAUUCCUGGGCUGGACGAGACCUACUUGCCGAGAUGGAUAGGCUACGGAUUCGGUUCACUUCUUCUAUUGAACCACUUCGCCGGCUCCGAUUCCUCUACUACCUCGGCGCAGCUGAGGACGGAGGGUUUGGGGCUUUCCUUGGCAGCUUUCUCCGUCGCGCUGCCUUACUUCGGCAGAUUUCUUAAGGGUGCCACUCGGGUGGACCAGGUUGCUCUUCCUGAAGGUACUCAGCAGAUUUUUGUCAUGUCGCCUACCAUUUCUGACUCUGAGAAGGAGGAAUUUGCUUGGGGGAGUUAUGUUUUACUGCGCAAUACUAAUACGGUAGCUGUGUUGAUAUCAAUCCAAGGAGAAUUAUGUGUUCGUGGGUACUGGAAUGUGCCAUAUGACAACGGCACUGCAAAAGCUCCUAUCCUUGAUUGGUUCCAGAGACAGAUUGAGAAUAUUGGUUUGGGGGACUUGAAAGACGUCCUAUAUUUUCCCCAGGUGCCAGGAUCUGAACUCUGGGAGAUGCUGCCCAAUGGAACUCGGUCACUGCUGGUGGUGCCGGUGCUUCAAUCGAGAGAUGGAAGCGGCAUUGAGAUGAUAAAGAACAGAGGAUUUGUUAUAUUGGCUUCAAACAUGGAGUAUGCCUAUACUGAGAAAGACAGAGCUUGGAUAAGAGCAAUUGCGAACAAAUUUAGAGUUCAGCUUACCGUCUGCCCCAGAUUGGAGAGGUUUUUUGGGCAAUUUGGACCGCAUCUGCUGAUGGGAGGUCCUGCACGUGAGAGACAAAUUUACAUUAUUCACUCUUCUCGUACGAGUGGAAGGAAGCUGAAAUAGCUGCUCGUUGGAGGACAAUCGAUCGGAUUGAUAGAGGUGGUGCUACCAGACACCCCUAAUGCUAACAACGCCUUACUGUGUCUACUUUAAUCCGGGGCACAUACACCACACUUCUCAUCCCAAAUGCUCGUCGCCUGUGCAGAGAAGUUGAUGGGAAAGAGUGCAAAAAAUAUCCUGCUUGACAUUAUCGUAAACCGUAUAAGGAUCAGUGAAGUCGACGACUACUCCCGUCUCUUUGGACUGCCAUAAUUUGCAGAAAGCUUCUCAUUAUCAGUUCCUCACUAGCAUUCCACUCAUGGUUAUGAACGAGUGGACAGGCAAGGCAAUCAUUUAUCAACGGUAUUUCGCAUAGCUAACCUCCAGAAACAAAAGCAGAGUGAAAAUUCUUUCCUCUAAUUCGACUUGCCAUUGCCGAAGAAGAGUAAAAAGACAGUGAGGAAAAACCUUUCAAAUAUCUUCUCCGACAAAAUGGUGUCAACAGCACCAGCAACUUCCAUUCCUCUGGCUUUGGCUGAAUGGAGCAGGAGACAGAAGAAGAAGACCUGGCUUUGACAUUCUUGGAAACUCCAUGAAACGUGAACUGAAAAUGGCAGCUCAAGGAUUCCAUAGCUUCUAUUCGCCCUCCUUAACCUGAAAAUAGGGGGCCUUGUUGGGAGUGAAAUUAGAGGGACAGUGACUCAUGGAUGCCGGCAUGUGCAUAUGGGAGACAUGGGCGGCAAGUACCAGUUGGAUUCUGUUUUUUUUCUUUUUCCGCUUCUUUUUUGCGCCCUACUAUUUCAUGAGUGUCAUUUUCUGGUGUCAAAUUCCUUGCUGUGCUGGCUGGAGUAAACAUGGAAGAAGAGAGAGGCACGUGAUUCCAUCCAGGCUUCAGCCCUUCGUCGUCUCAUCACUGUUCAUUCCCUUCAGUGCCCGGAAAAACGCCAUCAAAAUUCAAGGCUCCAUCGCUCUCCUGGGUCAUGCUAAUAAUUGAGAGCCCCUCAUCUGCUGACGAUGCAAAGAAAGAGAAUGAAUUGGCUGGGCACUGGGCAGGCUUCUCUUAUCGAGCCAUGGUGGGCUCUUCCGCCGGCUGGAAUUGAUGGAGACGGCAUUACAAGGCUCAAAGACCUUCUGAACCAUCAUAGCAAGCAAGAUCGGUUGCAUAGUUGACUUCAUGGUAGUAAAUGGCUGGUUUGGACUUCCCAUCUACAAUCGACGAGCUGUUUGAACCUCCGAGUUAGGUAAUAUUGAUUUCUAUCACCAUCGUAUCCCGACCAUGAUGUAUCGGAUUUAGAAAAAAAAUAUUUUUCAUACUCUUCAUUGUUAUUAGAUUGAUAAUUUCAUGUUUAUUAGGAGAGAGAACAUAGAAUUGCUGUUUUUGUUCAUUGUUUAAGAAUAAGACAGUGUGUUUAGUUAAUUUUUUAUCCACAAUUGACAGGUGAACUAUAUAGCUAGGGAACUCUAAAGGAGGAAAUAUUUUUGACUUUCGAGAUAGAGAGAGGUGGUGAUGGUGUUACUAAUGUAGAAUUUUAGACACAGCAAUAAACUAGAGUGCAUGUACGUAUAUAUAUAUUGCUAGAGUUACAGUACACGUCAAAUCGUCAAUCCUA